GAUCUACUGGCCACCAGUGUCACGGUGCACCUGGUGGAUCUGAUCCAGGGGUAGGCUGUGUCUGCAGUCUUUUUGCUUUAUAGUUUGAUUUUUCUUAAAUGACAGCAUCUGGAAAACACAUCAUCAUUUUGGAUUUGAUCUGCGGUGUGUUUACUUGCUGCUCAUUGGUCCUGCAGCCGUUUUUUAAAGGGGAGACCGGGUUGCUGGUGCUGUUUGUGGAGGGGAAUCCGCGUCUCGUAGUCAUGCUGCAACGCCAUGACGCAACUCACCCUCUCCUGCUGCAACACAAUACAAUAUGAAUCACCAGAGUGCCGACGAUGGGACGCUUCUUUCAGGUGUAAAUCUCAUUUAAAUGCUUGCAGAGAAGGGGGGGGGAGUGGCGCUGACUGUCGCCCAUUCACUGACUCCAUAACACGCCCAGAGCUUCGUGCAUUUGUGGCGUAAAAAGUCGGAGAAGGGGGUGUACCGGGGUUUGAUCGGUGUCUGUCUGCUCCGGACUCUCGCUGGGUGAGCAGGCUGAUCAGGCCAGCCUCCCACCGGCUGCCCCGCCGCGCUCCGUCCGCUCCGCAGGCUCCAGAGAGCGGCUCCGCGCACGGAUCCUCACCGCGUUACGCAGAGCCAAAGCCGCGGAUGCAGAGCGAUCCCAGUGGCCUGCACACGGAGAUGCGAUAACAACGGUGACAUUAAAGGCAUGUUAGCACCAUGACUACAGGUUGUGCUGCAAGAGGAGAUUGAAUGCCUCUUAAAUGUCAAGGCUGUGAGCCUUGUGCAGGGUGGAGAUGAGCAGUCAGGGCAACAGCAGCAAGGGAGGUGGCCAGCAUGCUGACACUCCACCACCUCGUCACGCCCCUGGACCCAAGCUGCAGGUGCAGCGCUCCCUCUCUCGUGACACCAUCACCAUCCACUUCUCUGCUCUGGGGAAAGAGGAAGACGACGAGGAAGAGGAGCUCUACGGUGUACCUCUUGGAUCUGCCGGGGUUGAAUCUGAGCUUGAUUUUGCAGGGGGAGUUCAAGGUCUAGAAGCUUCAGGGGCCGAAGACCGGUCCGUCGCCACGGGCUUGGAGGCAAAUGAGGAGCUGCUGUUUGAAUCUGCUGGUGGUCAGACCUCCUCUGGAGCUGCUGUGCUCCCUGUUUCCUCCACCAUCUUGUCUGUGCAGCCCUCAGACCCACACACACCCUCUCCAGCCAUGACUAUUAUCCCUGGCUCCACGCAGCCCCACCUGAGCACCACUCCUCCUGCCAGCUCCUCCUGGCCCUCUGAACGACCUUCAGCCAAUCCCCCAUCCACGAGCUCUAGCUCCUCCUCCCCCUGCAAGUCUGCAGCGCUGUCCUCCUCCAAGCCUUUCCUCAGCCUGGUCAGGUCCUUGUCCAAUGAUGUUGAGUCUCGGGAAACCGCCGCUGCUCCCAUCACCGUUGCGCCAUCGCAGUCACGGCACCGUCACUUAAUGAAAUCUUUUGUAAAGUCUCUUUCCACGGACACUUCGAAGGCUGAACAUCAGGAAGGGCCUCUUCACCAAUAUCUCCAUCACCCUCCUCAUCAGCAGCAGCAAGUGCAGUCAUCCCAGCGGCCUCCACCUCGCAACAUGCAGCUUUUCAAACAGUUCUCCCAGCCCCGCUUGUGCUCAAGCCCCGUCAUUGUCACUAAAGCAGGUGGGGACUCCAAAACGGCGCCCUCUUCCCCGAUCAUGUCCCCAGAUGGCAGGUCUUUCUUCAAGGUCCAAGAGGUGGAGGCCAGGAUAGAGGAUACCAAGCGACGGCUGUCAGAGGUGAUGUCGGACCCCUUGCAGCUUUUUAGUAAGAUCAUGGGAGACGAGUCUGGCGGGGGAGCUGCUGCCACUCAUCGGUCCAAAUCGCUGUCCUCCAGUGCGUCAGAGCUCAGCGGAGGGACGGCGGUGAACGGACACACGGAAGGUAACAACAACUAUAGCAUCAAGGAGGAGGAAGGGGCAGAAGAGGAAGAAACCCCCAAGGGGAAGGGCCCCGACUCCGUUUUUUUCUCCUUUCCUUCACUGGGACCGGCCCCAACCGUCCCCCCGGCCUCCUCUUUCACUUUCCCCAAAUCCCCGUCCCUAACUCUGGGCCGCUGCUCCAUGUCGGCCCUGGUGGCUCGGCAGGAAGACGAGGACUUCUGUGAACUGUACAGUGAAGACUUUGAGUUGUGUACCGAUACAGAAACACCAGAUGGGGACCGUCCCGCGUCCCGGCAGCCCCAUACUGGUAGCACUGGGUUGUGUAGUGAACUUGACUCAGAGGAGGAGGAGGAGGAAAAAGAGGAGGAGGAGGUGGUGGAGUCGGUGCCAGUGACCGGCCUCAUCUUCCUGACACAGGUGGUCUACUGGUAUAUAAUCCUUCCAAUGCCACCAUAUGUAUGUGCGGUGGUGCAUGGGAUAGUAGCUGGGUUCAUGUUGGCCUUGCUGGUCCUCUGGCUGUCCUCUCCUCGACCCUCCUCAUCAAAUACGAGAAGAGGGAGGCGAGGGAUAAAGCCCUGGAAUGUGGCCCAGCUGGAUAUCAAAGAACCGGGAACCUUCAAGGGCUGGAUGAACGAGAUCCACAGCUACGACCCGGAGAUGUACCACGCCACCCUGACCCACUCCGUUUACGUCCGCCUGGAAGGCUCCAUCCUGCGUCUGUCCAAGCCCAACCGGAACAUCUCCCGCCGCGCCACACACAACGAGCCCAAACCUGACGUCACCUACAUCAGCCAGAAGAUCUACGACCUGACGGACAGCAAGAUCAACCUGGUGCCCCAAAGCCUGGCCAGGAAGAGAGUUUGGAACAAAAAGUACCCCAUUUGCAUUGAGCUGGCCAAGCAAGAGGACUUCAUGUCUAAGGCCCAGGGAGAGAAGCCCGAAGCCGGCGAGGAGAGAUUAACGGGGCCGUGUGAGAAACUGGAACGGACGGACAAAUGUGAGAAAGUUGAGGUAGCAGGAUCGUCAGAGGAACCCAAAAGACCGACCUCUGGAGGGGGGGAUCUGACAAUCUACUUGUUUGGGAGGACGGGUCGGGAAAAGGAGGAGUGGUUCCGGAGAUUUCUUCUGGCGUCCCGACCGAAGUCAGAGGGGAGAAGUGGAAGUCUGCCCGGCAUCUGCAAGAGUGCCUUCUUGCCCUCCCACAGCCGCAGUAGCAGCCCCCAAUCUGGCGGAGGCCUGGAGGCCGACAGCAGGAGCAGCAGACGGGGAAGCCUGGAGGAGCUGUCUCAGUCUCGGCACAGAGAGACCUCCUCUGCUCCCUCCGGUGGCUCCGCUGGAGGGAUGAAGCAGAAGAUGCAGCUGGACUACAACGUCUACAUGGCCAAGUAUAUCAACCCCCAGGCAGCACAGGGGAGCCCAACUGCCGCUGACAGUCCUGGUCCAGCAAGCCCCGAGAGCAGCCCCAAAACUACAAAAAAGGUACGCAGGACUUCAGAGGAUCCUGUGGAGCCUGAGGCCUGGGUCAACGCCUCUGUGGGAAGGAUAUUCUGGGACUUCCUGGGAGAGAAAUACUGGGCCAACGUAGUCUCCAAAAAGAUCCAGAUGAAGCUCAGUAAGAUCCGGCUGCCAUAUGUCAUGAACGAGCUGACUCUGACAGAGCUAGACAUGGGCUUUUCCAUCCCUAAGAUCCUCCAUGCCUCCAAACCCUCUGUGGACCACCAAGGUCUGUGGUUUGAUCUGGAGGUCUCCUACACAGGCUCCUUCCUCAUGACGCUGGAGACCAAGAUGAACCUGGCCCGUCUGGGGAAGGAGGGCGAGGGGCUCGGGGAGCACGGGAAAGAGUGGCCGCGGACAUACUGUCUGGCAGACAGCGAUGAGGAGUCGUCUAGCGCCGGCUCUUCGGAUGAGGAGGAUCCAUCAGAACUCCUCAGUGACAAAGCCAUUCUCCCUGGAGCCGAGGGCUACGUUGGAGGCUACAGGCCGAGCAAGAUCAUGCGCUUUGUGGACAAGAUAGCCAAGUCGAAGUACUUUCAGAAAGCCACAGAGACGGAGUUCAUCAAGAAGAAGAUGGAGGAAGUGUCCAACACGCCCCUGCUGCUCACAGUGGAGGUGCAAGAGUUUAGGGGGACGCUGGCUGUCAACAUCCCGCCUCCCCCCACGGACAGGAUAUGGUAUGGUUUCCGGAGUCCGCCUCAUCUAGAGCUGAAAGCACGACCCAAACUCGGCGAGAGGGAGGUAACUUUAGUUCAUGUGACGGACUGGAUCGAGAAGAAACUGGACCAGGAAUUCCAGAAAAUAUUUGUGAUGCCAAACAUGGAUGAUGUAUGGCUACCCAUAAUGCACUCUGCCAUGGACACACGUUCAAAUGCCAACUUGGUUACUGAGACAAAUGAUGCCUUGAAGGACCCAGAACCCGAGGAGCCUGAGGUCUCUGACAUGUGAAGACUGCUGUUCAAAGUGCAUAAUGGCGGACAUUUUAUCACCAAGGUAAUAUGACAAGGCCCCUCUCAGAGACCCACGGGUACAGGAACGUACCGGACCAACUCUCCAAUAUUUUUACCCAUGAUCAAGUCCAAUUGUUGCAACACCAGUGAUGUGCUCUCACAUACAGGAAGUGUUGGUGUGCUUGUUAUCAUCUGUGGCAAUGGAAAAAACAGGAAACGAAAGAGAAAUGUGACACAGAUUGUCAUCGAAUCACACAGCUUUAACUUUAUUUGUGUGACAUCAAAUGCUAUGAUUCAUUUUUCUGAUGAAAUAAAAUUCAUGGGGCAUGUCGAAACCGUUUAACGAAUGUGUGUGGUGGUGGUGGAUCGACAAACAGCCAUCAGAUUCAAACAGAAGAACCAUAAAACCUGUGACGUACAGCUGCACCAAACAUUUGCAGUGUUUAAAUUUUUGUGCCGCCCUUUCUAAUCCAGCGGUUUGUUGUCGCUGUAUCUUUACGAAACGUUUCGAGGCCACUGAUGAAGAGCGUGUAUGUCCUAGUGAGGCAUCUCUUGAGGGAAUAACUCUAAAAUUUGGAGAUGAUUUUGCUUAAAGCCCCUGCAUCUUUUGACACACAUCUCACAGGGUUAUUGAGUCAUUGGUCACCCAUCCACACUGCUGCCUGUGCCGGUCGCCCGGCACCUUUAUGCAAACAGAUCAGUGACAGUGUGUCCAUCGAAGACACUAGGUCAGUUUGAAUCCACUAUGGACACUGUCAUAACAUACAAACUGUGUGCUUUUAACCGUGUGGUCGGGAUUAAAGCUAAAUCUGACUUUAGAGGGGCAAAUUGAAAGAUUUCUGCAAACACAGCAGCUGAACAUUGCCUAGGUCUGAUGAAUGUAUAAAUAGGAAAACGCGGAUCUCCAGCUGUGCGAGGAAUCGCUCAUUCACUGACGACGUGCUUCUACGCAACAUGCUUCGAGACUUCUUUUCAUGUUUCAUUCAGAGCUGUGCAAAAGUAAUAAUUUUUUUGUGUUUUUAUUGCCAAAGCAAUCUUUCAGUCCUGUCUGGAGGCUACUGUAUGAGGUAAACAGUGACAAAUAAGCAAUCUUAUGUUCCUUUAUUUGAAUAAACAUACUGGAUAUUAGCCAUAUUAUUUAAUGUUGUCAGAAGACAUCCAGCUUAUGAAUGCUCUUUCUUGUUGAAUUAUUCAUUGUUUUGCUGCUUCUUUCUGUACACAUUCAAGAUGAAUAACAUUAAACUAGAACAGCAACUUUGUAAUCUGCCAAGACGCCCGGCUGCUUUACGGGCGACUAUUAUUUUACAUGUUUUUACGUUCAAAUGUGUGUGUUGGCAAAGUGUAUGAGGCAGAAAGUGCCUUUUAAAAUAAACAUUCCUCCGUAGUGGGCCACCACAUUUGUUGCAUCAGUUGAGGAUAGAAAGUGUGUCAUUGUGUCUGUCGAGACAUGCCCUUAGUUUUCAUAGGUUUCAGUGUUGUUCAUUUGCACAGUGAUGAAAAAUAUCAAACAUUGCUGUUGUGUUCAGUGAUGUCACAGAAUGUUAUGGUUCUGAUCGUUGUGGAUCAAUAAAACUUUUUGC